AUGGCGGUUGCGACUACCACUACGUUGACGCGGCCUAGCCCCAAAGCUUUGCAAUAUUUACUAAACCCUGUGACUCUAGUCCUCCAUGAUCAGCUCCUAGCCGCCCAACAACACCUGUCUUCGCAAGGGCAAGAGGGUCGCCCCCAGGGCCCCGCGCAGAACCAAAACAGCAACAUCGAUCCCGCUAUAUCUGGGAGCGCUAUGCUCCAGGCCGCCAACUCACAAGGCCCGCCGCUCGGCCAGGUUAUGCCGCAGAUUGUCUCGGGUGUUCAAGAGGCUGCUGGCGUCGAUCGCAAACAAUAUGGGAAGCGGGAAUUGUCCACCUCGAAACGGGCCGCCCAGAAUCGUGCAGCUCAGAGAGCGUUUCGGCAACGGAAAGAGGGUUAUAUUCGCCAAUUAGAAGAAAAGGUCGGGGAAUACAAAGUGCUGUCCGAAAGCUACAAGGCAUUGCAGUCGGAGAACUACCAGUUGCGAGAGUACAUCAUCGGCCUGCAAUCGCGGCUGAUUGAUUCUCAAAAUGAGGUGCCGGCGCUGCCAGAGAACAUCGAUCUGAACCAGCCUCGCCCUGAUCCUCCCACGAUGACCAGCCCAUCCCACCACCCUGUUCCCCCGGGCCCGCCGCCUGGAGGCUCUUCAUCACCAAAUCUCCCCGUCCCCCCCGGGCAGCAAGGCCAGCCAUCUGCGGGCCGGCCGAAUCAAACCAGUGACGAUAUCAACCAGUUGAAUCGUAUUGCUGUUGCUGGUUUAGGAAUCCCCAAAAAUGACCACGAGGGAUACCCAGGUGGUGAGGUAUCUCAAUUCAAGCACACGCGUAUGUAA